AUUAAAUAAUUAAUUGAAUGAAUGUUUUCAAUGCUUUCAAAAAGUGUUUUAAUUGCAAUUGUUAUAAUCGUUUAACACAUAAUUUGGUGCAAAAUUGUCACUCAAAACGUGCAAAUUAUUUGGUGACUAAAACAUUGGUAAAGAUGUCGACAAUUGAUGGCCAACUGAAUGACCAAAUUGUGGACAAAUCGUUACUUAAGUCAACUAAUGAUAAACUCAAUUAUAAAUACAUUGUUUUGACUAAUGGUUUGAAAGCACUUCUCGUAUCCGACCCGACGUACGCCAACAUUACCGACAAUACCAACGAUUCAAAUGCCAGUGAUUUGAGUGACAGUGAGGGCAACACAUCUGAUGAGUUAACCGACGUGUCUUCAGAUUGCGAUGACAAGAGUGAGUCCAAUGAACAAGAGAUGAGUCAGAGAUUGAAUUUAAAGAAGAAACCAAAUGACAAGUUUUCAGCCGUUGCUAUAGUUGUCCGCACCGGGAGUUUUGCAAAUCCUAAAGAAAUGCAAGGUUUAGCACAUCUGGUGGAACACGUAUUGACAAUGGGUUCAAAAGAGUUUCCCGAAGAGAACGAUUUGGAUGACUACCUGACCAGUAGAGGUGGCUAUCAAAAUGCACACACAGAGUAUGAGUACACUAUGUAUGAAGUGGAGGUUCAGAAGAAACACCUUUACGGUGCACUCAAACGUUUGGCCCAUUGUUUCAUUCAUCCAUUACUUAGAAGUGAGUCCAUUGAUCGGGAAGUAAAACCUGUAGACAUUGAAUAUAACUCAGCGCUUCCCGAUGACGAUGUAAGACUGGAACAAAUAUUUAAUAACUUAGCCAAUGAAGAACACCCUUUCAAUCAGUUUGCUUGGGGUAACAAAUUGUCUCUCAAGACAUUACCCGAACAAAAUGGUAUCGAAACUCAAAAAUAUGUCAAAGAGUUUGUCGAAAAAUAUUAUCAUUCGGAUAAUAUUCAUCUUGUGAUUCAAUCACAAGAAGCUCUCGAAACUAUAGAACAAUGGAUUACAGAUUUAUUCGGUCAAAUCAAACCAUUAGUUCGUAACAAUGAAAUCAGUAAAGAGGUCUCUAAUGAAACUAAAUUUGGAAAACCUUUUGAUAAUAAUCUCAAUUACAAUAAACUAUUUAUUGUCGAACCGGUCAACGAAGCGGAUCAGAUUGCCCUUUACUGGUGGUUACCUCCAGUUACUCAACAUUAUAAAUCAUCACCUCUUCAUUAUUUGGGAAAUAUUGUUGGACACGAAGGAAAGGGUAGUUUAAUAUCUUUUCUUAGGAAAGAAAAUUUAGCCCUAGAACUGGUCGGUGGUAUCGAUGACUCCGGAUUUUCAAAUAAUAAAUAUUCUUCAGUUUUUCAAAUUGUUAUUAAAUUAACAGAAUUAGGAAAUGAAAAGAUUGAUAAAGUAAUUGAAUAUAUUUUUGAAUAUUUGAAUGUUUUGCAAAAAGAAGGACCAAAGGAAUGGUUUUUUAAAGAAAUGAAGAGAAUCGAGAAGAAUGGAUUCAAUUGGCAGGAAGAACACACUGCCAUUGAUUACGUCAAGAAGUUGGCCAACAAUUUGAAAACAUAUCCAAUUGAAUAUGUUUUGUGUGGAAACAAAUUUUUUGAAUACGACGGACAAUUGAUUCAGAGUUAUCUCAAUCUUUUAACGCCAAAUAACGCACAGUUUGUCCGCUUAUUAACCAAUGUUUUUAAAGACAAAAAAGACGUCCAAAUAGAGAAGUGGUUCGGAACUAAAUAUACUGUCAAUGAUGUGCCAAAAAAAUGGUUAGAAUUUAAAUCUAAAGAUGUUUUAACAAAUCGAUUUCAUUUUCCGAUACCUAAUCCAUACAUUGCCACUGAUUUUGAGAUCAAAAAAGUAAAUCUUUCGGACAAAACACUUCAUCCGACAAAAGUGCUGAACAAAAGCAGAGUUAAACUUUGGUAUAAAUCUGACGACAAGUUUAAGCUUCCAAAAGCUAUUAUGAAAUUGCAUUUAAUUUCGUCUAACUUUUUGGAAUCUAUUGAAAGUGCAAUAAUGAUGGAUCUGUUUGUCGAGAUUUUGGUGCAAAUUCUUAGUGAAGAGGUAUAUGACGCCACUUUAGCCGGACUUUAUUACAGUAUUAGACAAACCACUGUUGGUUUAGUGGUAACAGUGGCCGGAUUUAAUGACAAACUUAGUUUAUUACUCGACACUAUACUCGACAAAAUGAUUAACUUUAAAGUAGAUAAUCGAGUGUUUAAUGAUGUGAAGACACACGUCGGCAAAGAAUAUCACAAUAAUUUUAUUGAUGCAAACAAUUUAAAUCUAUCGCUAAGACUAAGUGUUUUGAGCCAAAAGUUUUAUAAUGCAGUCGACAGAAGAACAGUUCUCAAUGCAAUUGAUGAACAAAGUCUGCAGUCAUUUGUGUCCAAAUAUUUUUCUAAUUUUUAUAUCGAGUCACUAAUUGAAGGAAACUUUACGAAAGAUGAAUCAAUUGAUUUAAUGACUAAAAUUGAAAAUAAAUUGGGUUUAGAUCGACAUUCAGAUAAUUUAGAAGAACCAAAGCUGACAACAGCACAGAUACCAGUAGGUCAUGGCUUUUGUCGAGUUGUAUCGCUUUCAACUGAAAAUAAAAACUCUUCGAUAACCAAUUACUAUCAGUUAACGCCCGGAAGCAUUAGUCUUCAAUGUAUGCUAUCAGUGCUCUCUUCAGUUAUGGAAGAGCCGUGUUUUAACAUUUUAAGAACUAAAGAGGGUUUGGGUUACUUUGUUUCGGCCCAUGAAUACGAUACGUAUGGCAUCAGUGGUUUUGGUGUUACUGUCAACUCUUCCAGCAAUGACUUUGACUGUACUUUUGUCGAACAAAGGAUUGAAAAUUUUUUGAGACAAAUGGUUGAUAUUAUAUCUAAUAUGAAUCCACAAAAGUUUAGAGAUCACGUCAUUUCAUUAAUUACAGCUAAAAGAGCACCCGAUCUGAAACUUAGUGAUGAAUUCAACCGUUACUGGAAUGAAAUCGUUUCGUUUAACUAUUGUUUCGAUCGAUUGACGAAAGAAAUUAAAUGCUUAGAAAAAAUCACAUUCGAUGAGUUUAAAGACUGGGCCUGUAAUCAAAUUUUAGGUAACAGUGCCAACAAACGCAAACUUAGUAUUCAGGUGGUCGGUUACGGCAAGAAGUCUUUGGACGAGUGUUUGACAUUUGACGGCAAACCGGUAACAAUGAUGAACGAUGACAGCGGUGAUAGUGAAGAGUCGCCACAAAAAAUCAAGAAAUUUAGAUUAACUUAUUUAAAGGCCAAGAAUACCGACAAAAACGACAACUUUAUUGAUGACAUCAAUAAAUAUAAGAGAAAUUUAUUUAUCUUUCCCGUCCAUAAAGUUAUUGAUUAACACUUUACUAUUAUUAACUUAUUUUUA